AUGUACAUGCCUUCAUUUGCCGACCCAAAGCACGUGAUUAGAGCUAACGAUCCUCUACUUCCGAAAAUUACUAUAGUAGAGUACGGGUUUUUGAUCUCUGAAGGAUCUCCUGUCCCGGAGGGCAUCCCGUUGGCGGGCUCUUCCUCGUCUCACCAAGCAACGGAGGACAAAGGUGAUUUGGGUCUGUUCGAGGAGGGAUUUGGAGUAUUUGACCAAGCUGACCCAUCCGAGGAUCCUCCCGAUGAUCUGGGUGAUCCUAAUUUGUCCGAAGCGGAACUAUUGUCAGUGGGAACAUCCUCUCGAGCCGAGAUGGGUCUUAAGAGAAAGCCCCCGACCAGGUUAUUCGACCUCAUUGAGGGUCAGCCGGGGAAGGGUGCACAGGGAAAGUCGCAAUCCAGUGCUCCAACUCCCCCACCCCAGCCCCAACCUGUCCAGACUAAGUCUUCCUCUUCCAAGUCGCAGCCACAAUCUCCCCGUCCCAAAUUUCCUGCUCCUCCUCAAUCAGCUAUACCUCCUCGGCCUGAGCCAACCGACCCAAAGAGAAAGAGGAGUCCCAAGGGUAAGGAACCAAUGGACGGGGGGAAAUCUCAAUCCUCUCGGGAGGGGGACGAAACCCCACGACCUCAAAAACAGUUAAAGAUCGGGCAUCAAGGCCACGGGAAAGAGAUCGAUGCCCAAUCCGUGCCGAGCACUUGGCUUCCCGCCCCAAUGCUCCACGGGGAGCCAUUGUUAGAAGACGCAUCCAUGAGGAGCCUUGGAGACGGAGAAGGCGGUUAUGUGGCCGACGCGCUAGAAAGGACCCUACUGCUUCCUACUGAUAUGGAAGAGUUGAAGAAUAUAAGGAUGCAGGAGGUUUUCCUCAGCGUGAAGAGGUACCUGGGUAUGGCUAUCCAGGCCACCUAUAGGAUGGAGGAAAAAGUUAAGGGGCAGAGUAAGGCCGCAAAGAUUGAGCGCAAUAAAUGUAUAGACGCUGCACGAACCCUCAAAACUUCCGAGGCUGAUCUCGCGAAGGCCAGGGAGGACUUAAAGGAGGCUACUAGAGCCAAGGAUAGUGCCGAGGAGGCUGAGGCUGCUCGGUCAGAAGCUGCUCAGCUCAUUGUUAUUCCCGGUGAGUCGACUGAGGGAGAAGAGCCUCAUGAGGCGACAGAAGCACCUGGAGGCCUGAAUCUUAAGAUGCCUCAGGAGGCUGCCAGGUCUGCAAUCAGUGCUCAGAUUUCUGGUGCCAAGGAGCCAGCCCUCUUUGUUAAGCCCUUUCAGGCCAUUCCCCUUACUGAUGUCUCCAAAUGCACCGAGGCUAAUCCUGCUCAGCCGUCCCAGGAAGGGGAUGUCUCCCAGGGCCCCGAGGCUAGUCCUGCUCAGCCUUCCCAAGAUGUGGUAAAAACGAAAUUGAAGAAGUAG